AUGAAAAUAGCAGAAUCAAAUGAUAACUCAGAAAAAUUGUUGUCAAAAUUACAUUUUAAUUAAGUUGCCUUCCAACUACCCUAACAAGUCCAAGAGGAAGCAACUAUUGCGUAGAUACUAUCCUAUCGAAGUCCCGUGUAUAAACGUUUGCUUUACUAUACAUUUUGCAUUUUGACUUUGGGUAUUGGAUAUCUAUUUGCCAGAUGGAAUUUAUCAUUAAAGCUAGCUUUGUUAUAUAGCUAAUGUAUUGACGUGGAGUAAGCAACUCACUUGGUCAUAACUUCAUUGGAGAAUGAAAAAGAACUAAUAAAGGUUGGAUUAAAGAAAAUGCAGAUCAAUAAGAGCGAAAAGUAAAGUAAGUCCUUCGAAUAUCGUUUAUAUACAUAUAUCUAUGAGGAUGAAUGUUUUAAAGCCAUAGAAACACCAUUCUAGACCUUAACCCAUGAAGACAUUAUAAAAAAUUAUUCUCAAGGAGUAUAAUUCCCCGUGGAAAUAGCAUCUUAAUAUGGGUAUAAUAAUACAACAAUACCUGACAAAAGUACAGGUAAAAUCUUGAUUGAUGAAAUUUUAACCCCGUUUUAUUUGUUUCAAAUUUUUAGUGUGUGUCUGUGGAGCAUUGAAGAAUAUUAUGAAUACGCAGUAGUCAUAUUUUUGACAUCUAUCAUUUCUAUAUUAGUGCAACUUAGAGAAACAAAACUGAAUUUUGCAAAACUUAGGGAAAUGACUUCUUAAGAUUCAGUGGAAAAUGUGUUUAGAGGUCAAAAUGACAUUGUUAUAUAAAAUAAAGAAAUUAUUGUGAAUAAGACAGUCACAAACAACAAAUAGAAAUUAAGUUCAAAAACAAUAGUACCAGGUGAUUUAAUAGAAGUGAGAGAUGAUUGGACAGUACCAUGUGAUUGCAUCCUAUUAAAUGGUUCAUGUAUCAUCAACGAAUCAAUGCUCACAGGAGAGUCAAUACCAAUCAUCAAAAACCCAAUUCAAUUCAACCAGCUAAUCUAUUCGCCAAACGAAGACUCUAAGGCUAUCACAUUGUUUGCUGGAACUAAAUGCUUAGAAGCACGACAUCCACAGAAAGGUGAGGUUCCAAUUUUGGCAUUGGCAGUCUAGACAGGGUUUUCAACCAUUAAAGGAUAAUUGGUCAGAUCUAUUCUGUAUCCCAAACCAACUACUUUCUCAUUCUACAAGGAUUCCUUAUCCUUUAUAGCAGUUCUGGCGAUGAUGUCUUUAGUGGGCUUUUCUUUGACAAUAAAAGAUUAGGUGGAUGAACUCAAAGAAGAUAAUACUACCAUAUUUCAGAUGAUCAUCAAUUCAUUAGAUUUGAUCACAAUUACUGUGCCUCCAGCAUUGCCUACAUGUCUAUCGAUAGGAGUGUCAUUUGCUUUAUCGAGAUUGAGCAAGAAGUCAAUUUAUUGUAUAUCUCCCAAUAAGGUGAAUGUGGCUGGGAAAAUAACCAUAAUGUGUUUUGAUAAAACAGGUACCUUGACUGAAGAUGGUCUUGAUCUUUAUGGCGUCCGAUCUAUUGGAUACAAUCAAAAAAAAUAGAAGAUUUGCUUUUAGGAUUUAAUAAUAGAUGUGAAUUAAUUGCCCAUUCCUAAUGUCAUGUUUUCAAUGAACUUUGGUUAAAAUGUAUAUGGACAGACAAAGUUACAACCUACAUAAUUGAUUCUGGAAAUCAUGGCAUCCUGUCAUGGAUUGGCUAGAGUGAAUGGUCAGUUGAUAGGUGAUCCAUUGGAAGUAAAAAUGUUUGAAGCUACGAGUUUUGAAUUGGACGAUCUCCAUAAUGAAGUCUUUAAGGAUGAAGACAGGAUUAAAAUAUUAAAACGAUUUGAUUUUUCAUCGACUCUUUAGAGAAUGAGUGUUAUCGUUUCACGAAAUGAUAAAUUGAGAGUGCAUGUUAAAGGAUCUCCUGAGAAAUUGAGAGAAUUAUGUAAUCCUGCAACAGUGCCUAGAAGUUUUCAUAAGAUACUUGAGCAUUAUUCAAAGAUGGGAUUCAGAGUGUUGGCUUGUGGAUCCAAAGUCAUUGAAAAUGAAUGUAAUAGAGAUAAGGCUGAAUGCAAUCUGACAUUUUUAGGGUUCAUGAUUAUGUAGAAUAAACUUAAACCAGUUACUCGUAGUAUAAUUCAAACAUUGUAAGAUGCAAUGAUCAGAACAGUGAUGGUCACAGGUGAUAAUGUUUUAACUGCCAUUUCUGUUGCCAGAUAAUGUAGUCUGGUGUAACCAAAUUAACGUAUCUUCUUGGGAGACAUCGCAGAGGAAAAGUUGGAUGGUAAGAAUCACAUCACUUGGAAAGACUUUGAUAUGAACGACAAGGUACUAAAUCCAGAGAAUUUAUCUCCUGAAUUGGAUAUUAAAGAUGAUUCAGGGGAUGAAUUUGAAACGCCUGAAUUAUUCGGGUAAUAUGAAUAGGAACAUGAAUAAUAAAUGGAAAUCAUCAUAGAGGAGAAUGAGAAAAUUGGCAAUACUUAAAGUAGUGAAAAUAGAAAAACAAUGAAUUUGAGGAAGAGCAAAUAUGAGAACUAUAAGGAAUAGGAGGAAAGACUAAAAGCUGAAAAUCUUGAUCAUCUAAUAGACGACCAAGAUCCAUGGAAGACAGAUCAACCAUUUGUAGUAGCCAUAUCUGGAAAGGCAUUCUAAUUGUUACUGAAUCAAAUUGACACAAAUCCAAAGGCUAGAAGACUGUUUGGUUUGAUGUUGGAGAAAGCUUAGAUUUUUGCAAGAAUGAAGCCUGAGCAGAAGGCUUAACUCAUUACUCACCUGUAAAAGAUUAGCAAGAAGGCUCUAUGUGGAAUGUGUGGUGAUGGAGCAAAUGAUUGUGGUGCAUUAAAAGCAGCUGAUAUAGGAAUCUCAUUGUCUGAUGCAGAGGCAUCAAUAGCUGCUCCUUUUACUUCCAAGGUUCAGAACAUCUCGUGUGUUGUCAAAUUAUUGAGAGAAGGAAGAGCGUCUUUGGUUACAAGUUUCUAAUGUUUCAAAUACAUGGCCUUGUAUAGCAUGAUUCAAUUUUGCACAGUGACCUUGCUGUAUUUCACCCUUUCAAACAUGUCUUCAUUGGAAUAUUUCUAUAUCGACCUAUUUAUCAUCAUACCAUUGGCAGGAACCAUGGGACAAACUAAGGCUUAUAAAAAGCUUACUCAAUUUCAACCUGGAUCAAAUUUAAUUUCUUUUCCCGUUCUAUUGUCAGUGAUCGGACAAACCUUAAUCUAGAUAGGAUUUUAGACUUUUGUUUACUUUUACAUGAAGAGUCAACCCUGGUAUAGGUCGGGAGUGGAUAUUCAUAAGGAUAUAGGGGAUGUUGAUGAUCAUCUUGAGAUGGAAACGUGUUAUGAAAAUACUGUGUUGUUCUUGUAUGCGAAUUUCCAAUAUGUGUUCCAGUGUGUUGCUUUUUCAAUUGGUAAGCCAUUCAGGAGAGAGUUUUACACCAACAUCUAUUUCACUUUGUGGAUUGUGUUAGCCAUGAUCUUUAAUAGUUACAUCUUCCUAUUUCAGAAGAGUGGUCUGUAGGAUAUUUUCGGACUAAUGUUUGAGUAUGAGUCGGAGAAGGAUGGGGAUCUAAGUACGGCAAUCGAUAAAUCGUGGAUGUAUUGGGUCUAUGGCAUAAUGAUAAUAAAUUUGAUGGCUACGAUAAUAUUUGAGAAAUACUUGGUGCCAUUCACGACUAGGUUUUAUAGAGGGAAGAAGAGGAAGUUGUUGAAGAGGUACAAAUAUUCUUAGAAUCCAUACCUGAAUGAUCAAUUGGAACAGAAGUGA